AUCGCAUUAUGUAACCCAUCGGACCCCUUCCUGUCAUUUCCUAGUCACUUGUAGCACUCUUGUAGCCCAUUUAUAACGCCAGAGACAGAACAUCUUUGCUUCACUUUUAUUUCACUUGGGAGCUCGUUUUCGAAGGCGCCAUUUCUCUUUAACGGCUUUUUUAUCAUCUCUUUUGCCAGCCCCGUAUUAUCUCAACCAUCGUCAUUCCCCUCUGGAGUAAUUCAAACCAUGCCUAUCAAUCAGCCUUCAAACCAGAUCAAGUUAACGAAUGUCUCAAUCGUGAGACUCAAGAAGGGCGGAAAGCGCUUUGAAAUCGCAUGCUAUAAAAACAAGGUGCAGGAAUACCGCAAUGGAGUAGAGACUAGCUUGGAUGAUGUCUUGCAAAUCUCCAACGUCUUCAUCAAUGUUUCGAAAGGAGAGGUCGCCAAGUCCAACGAUCUGCAGAAAGCUUUCGGAACGACUCAAAUAGACGAUAUCGUCAAAGAGAUACUGAAGAAAGGGGAGCUUCAGGUCGGAGAAAAGGAACGUGAUCAUGAUCUUACUGCUCUGCGUAAGGAAAUCGCGACUUUGGUCGCUGAGAAAUGUGUCGAUCCUGCUACACAACGUCCUUAUCCCGUCGGCAUGAUUGAGAAGGCGAUGGCAGAAGCAGGGGUGAGCGUGAAGGUAGGAAAGACGGCGAAGAGCCAAGUAUCAGAAACGUUGAAGCUCCUUCAAAGUGGUUCAACGCUACCAAUUCAGCGCGCUAGAAUGCGUGUGCGUGUACUCAUGCCCUCCGCGGACGCAGAACGAUUACGCGAAAAACUGCUCGUAACUGCCGAGAAAGUAGAGCGUGAUGAGACGGGAGAAUCUUGGGAAGCCGUCUUACUUAUUGACCCAGGCCAAUUCCGUGUGAUAAAUGAGUUGCUUCAGAAGGAAUGCAAGGGCCGCGGCAGAGUCGAGACUCUUACAUUUGCGGCUGUCGCUGAAAGUACUUAGGAGGUAGUGGAGAUUAGAAAGUUUGAUACAUGGCGAUAUUCAGUUGUACGUGAGGGGUGUAUUGGUAUAGGCAAAUGGCAAAUUCUAGUGUAUCGGUAGCAUACUGCGCUGCGACCAUCGUCCUUGCUUGCGAUGGGACUUUUCUCCAUUCUCGAAGUACGCUUACUUGAACCCG